AAUCUUAUCCUUCCUCCAACGAGUGUUGCUAGUAUACAUAUACCAAAAACAAGAGCAAGAUCAGAAACUGAAUCAAAUCUUCUUGAUCUUUUUGAGUUAUGGAAGCCCAAUUACGUCACCAAAAGAUGAGGGAGAAAGUUGAAGAAGAGAUGCAAAUUGGUGAAGGAAAGUUGAAAAAAGAAGGCCUGCAACAAUAUCAGCAGCAACAAACACCACAAUCUAGCAGUAGUACUAGUGCUGUCUCACCACCAGUACCCGUACUACCACCUUCAGCUUCUUCUUCUCCCACCCAUGAAUUUUCCUUCACAAUCUCUCUCCAUCCAGAAGCGACAAGAAAAACUGAUAAAUCCAAAGCUCCUCCUUCAUUUGCUGUAGAUUUAUCUCCAGCGGAUGAGAUAUUUUUUCAUGGCAAAUUGCUUCCUCUCCAUCUCCUAUCUCACCUUCCUGUCUCUCCUCGCUCCUCCACUAAUUCCUUGGACAGUUUCACCUUACCCAUAAGAGAACUGUUAGAGGACCCAACUCCAGAAAAAAGAUCCGCGAAGAGCUUCAAUUUCAAUGGCGAUACUAUUGAUAGCAACUACUGUCAUCAAAGCAAAGAUCCUGAACUGAAAGGAAGAACCAAGUCCAAGUCUUUUUCGUCGCUCUUUGGCCUACCAAAAUGGCGGAAGGGGUGCGAAGAGAGAGAAAAGGAAGAGAAAGAGAGGCAUAAGAAGAAGCUAAAGUUCGACGUGAGUCAUGUUCUGAAGAGAUACAUCAGAAUGGUUAGGCCCCUCCUUGCCUUCAGGCUCCGAAGAGGCCGCCGGAAUAUGCAGUUUCAAAAGCAACCUUACUCGUUUUCCGGGAACUUAGGCUUUAGAGACAAGCCGGAUUUGAGGGGAAGGAGAGGGCAGUUGUCGGCGCCGGUGUCCAUGAGAGCUUCUCCGGCGAAUAGUGGCCCUCUUGUACCACCUGAAUCCCUUUCUACGGCUAGUAGUGACAGCACCAUGGAAGAGUUACAGGCUGCAAUUCAAGCUGCAAUUGCUCAUUGCAAAAAUUCCAUUGCAAUGGAAGAGAAAAUUAAAUGCCGAUAGUUUGAUAAGAUUUGGAAAUUUUCAUUGUUAUAAUCUACUAGUUUUUGGAUUUUGAUUUUUUGUGUAGAAAUUAUAUAUAUGUGUGUGUAUAUCUUACGUUCAAUCUUACGUUCAAUUGGGCUUGGAAAUGAAGAUGGUUCAUGGUUAGAGGAUUAAUGAAUUCAAGAUAUGUUGUUAAUUUGCUGUUUCUU